AUGUCCUCGUCCAAAAGACUGUUCUCGCUCAAUCCCUCAUGGCACCACUAUGUAGCUCUGUCCACCGGAGCAUUCGCCAUAUUGGCAGGGAUACUGCAUUAUAUCAUUUCUGGCCGAGCAGAUCCACUGCAUUGCAAUUCCCUGCUUACUAGAGGCACUUGGUUGGAUGAGAACCACCACAACUGGCAACCAGAGGGUUGUAUGCUACAUGUAUACCAGUCUAAGGAUACCACGCCUUGUCUGGCUUCCAGACGCGUCGUCUUUAUUGGCGACUCCGUAACGCGCACAUUAUACUUUCAGUUUAUGCAUAUUGUCGAUCCAAAGCUUCCAAGCGCUCCUCCUGAUGACAACCACAAGCAUUCGAACCAUUCCUUCACUUCGGAAUCGGUAACAACCCUGGAUUUCUUCUGGGAUCCGUAUUUGAAUACAUCAAGCACUCUUGCUCUCAUCCACGGUCACUUGCCUCGCCGUGGUGUCGAUGACCGUCCUGCUAUGCUUGUCCUAGGCUCAGGCCUGUGGUACCUGCGUUAUGCCGAUACUACCGGUGGACUCCCUGCCUGGGAAGCGAAAAUGGAGAGUCUUUUGGAGUCUAUCUAUGCAACACCAAUAAAGCCGGCAGAUGAAGUAGUCAUUCUCCCUGUGGAGGACAUUGUACCUUCAAAACUCUCUCCAGCACGUGCCGAAACCAUGCACUCCUCAGACAUAGAUGCGAUGAACUCGGACCUUUAUCAUCGCAUUAACCCACCAUCAUCUGAUCUCUAUUCCAUAUUCUCGAGCUCUCCCGUGGCAUUACCUGUUUCUUUGCCACUUGUUUUCAAUAAAAUGCUUGACGACGCUAGCACGGAAGACGGACUCCAUUUCUCGGACGACAUUGUGAAAGCACAUGCUAACAUCCUCCUUAAUUUGCGCUGUAAUGACGCGGGGCCAAAGACUUUCCCUUUUGAUAAGACAUGUUGCCGUGCUUAUCCAUCGCCGUCGUCGUUGCAGCUCGCUAUCCUAGCAGUUGUCGUGGUGUACGGGCCAAUUAUGUGGUACCUUGCGUACGCUCGGAGUCCAACCAAAGGUAUAUCCUUCGCAGACGAAUAUAUGCCAGCUGUUAUUUUUGGUUUAUCCAUUGGCACGAUCUUCAUCGCUGAUCGAACUGGCUUUUGGCUGAAAGAGCAAAAACAAUUCGUUCCAUGGACUUUCGGGUUUCUCUUACUAUCUUCUCUCGUGGUUGGGCUGUCAACCAUGAAGCGUGGCGACAAGGAUAUGGGCUUCUUAAACCGCGAUCAAACAGAUGAGUGGAAAGGUUGGAUGCAAGUCGCAAUUCUUGUAUAUCAUUAUACGGGGGCAUCUAAGAUUUCUGGAAUUUACAAUCCUAUUCGCGUGCUGGUCGCGGCAUAUUUGUUCAUGACUGGUUAUGGACACACAACCUUUUACAUCAAGAAAGCUGACUUUGGCUUUCUUCGUGUUGCCCAGGUAUUGGUUCGCCUAAACCUUCUAACGGUAGUACUGGCAUACACCAUGGAUGUCAAUUACCUUUCGUACUAUUUCUCGCCCCUUGUCUCGAUGUGGUAUCUCAUCGUUUACGGAACGAUGGCGAUAGGUUCACAAUACAACGAUCGCAUGCCAUUUCUCUUAUCGAAGAUUCUGAUCUCGAUGGCCAUACUCACGUGGUUCAUGACUGAGACGUGGAUGCUGGAUGCCGUAUUCGCGUUCCUAGACCGGAUAUUCAGUAUCCAUUGGUCCGCUCGUGAAUGGAAUUUCCGAGUAACUCUUGACCUAUGGAUCGUGUAUUUCGGGAUGCUUCUGGCGAUUGCUGUCAUCAAGAUUCAAGCACAUCGACUCACCGACCAUCACCUUUGGCCCAUGGCGGUGAAAGUGGCUGUCGGGAUUUCGAUCUCCAUCCUGCUAUGGUUCUUCGGGUUUGAACUGAUGCAAGAAAGCAAGUUCAGCUAUAACGCAUGGCAUCCAUAUAUAUCAUUCUUGCCCAUAGCGGCCUUCGUCACUCUCAGGAACGCAAGUUCCUCCCUUCGUUCGUGUAGCUCUCGGGCUUUCUCUGUUAUCGGCAGAUGUUCUUUGGAGACGUUCAUUAUCCAGUAUCACCUGUGGCUCGCGGGUGACACGAAGGGUAUUCUUCUCCUUUUGCCUGGAACACGUUGGCGUCCGGUAAACUUCGUCAUCUCCACGAUUAUCUUCAUCUACAUCUCCGAUCGUGUUUCCCAUGCCACAGGAGAGCUUACGACGUGGAUCUGCGGAAGCAAAGAAACUUCACUUCCUAUUUCAACUCGCCCCAUCAGCCGCCACAUAGGAUCAUCGGGUUCCACUGCAGAAUCUGUUCCCCUCACCAGUGACAUCCACACGAGUAAGGAUGGCGAUAGUCAUCCCAUGGAACCCGAUACGCCUGUGCGACCAGCGAGACGAUGGGUGGAUAGAUUGGCUGAAGGGACGUCGCCGCAGCGUUCCCCAGGCUACAAGGUGUGGUAUGGAGAAUCGGGUUGGAGUUGGAGACCCGGAGUGAAAGUGAAGCUAGGGGUGUGGGUGGGAGUGAUGUGGUUGGCCAACUCGUUGUGGACAGUUACAGAUUCGACAUAA